AUGUCUAGGUACAGCAUGGAUCCUCUGGCUGUAGGCCGGGUGAUAGGGGAAGUCCUGGAUCCCUUUAUAAGGACCGUCGCUUUUAGGGUGAGGUACAACAACAGGGAAGUCACCAGUGGUUGUGAGCUCAGGCCUUCCCAGGUAGCCAACAGUCCUAGGGUUGAUAUUGGGGGUGAUGAUCUAAGGAACUUCUACACUCUUAUUAUGGUGGACCCUGAUGCUCCCAGCCCAAAUGAUCCUUCCCUUAGGGAAUACCUCCAUUGGAUGGUAACUGAUAUUCCAGGAACUACAUCAACAAGUUUUGGACAAGAGGUGGUUAAGUACGAGAGUCCGCUGCCACAUCUAGGGAUUCAUCGGUUUGUUUUCGUGCUGUUUCAACAGUUGGGGCGCCAAACAGUAUACCCUCCUUCGUUGAGGCACAAUUUCUGCACAAGGGACUUCGCCAUGCUUUACAAUCUAGGCUUGCCCGUUGCUGCUGUCUACUUCAAUGCCCAAAGAGAGCCCAGCAAUAGAGGAUGAGACAAUUAACAUAUAUAUAUAUAUAUAUAUUGUUAUUGUUGUUGUUACAUAUGAUCAUAUUAUGGAUCUUAGUUACUUAUGUGUGCCGACAAUCGUCAAGAUAUAUUUAAUAUAUUUUAUCUUUAAUAUUAAAAUGUUUCUGAU